AAGAAUUUUGCCUACUGCUGAAGAAAUGAGGAUUUUAAUGCUGGAUGGUUUUUUCUCUGGAAAGAGGAAGGCGAGUAGGCGGAAUGUUCAGAGUUCUGUUGAUGAGGAGGUUCCUGUUUUCAAUGAUGCAGCAGUUUCUUCUUUGUUGUCUGCAUCAACAAACAAUCAACAGGAAAUCAACAACAUGUCUAAGAGGGUUGUUGAUGUUGAAAAGCAACUUAAAGUUGUUAUUUCUGAUAUGUCUGCUAUGAAGAAUGAAAUAAAGACAUAUCAUGUUGAUAUGGAGAAGGGUAUGGCUGAAAUUGGAGGUGUUUUGAAGGAUCUUGUCAGCAAAAUGGAACGUCAUUUUGCAAAAUCAGAAAAUAUUACGCGUGGCGACGAUAAAGGUGAUGAUGGUGAUGCACGUGACCUGUCUGGUUCUUCGUCUGAAAGUGAGGACGAUAACAAGAAAAAUGACUAUGAGCUUAAGAAGGCUGAAGCGACUUCUGUUGUGUCGAAUGUUGAUGGGAAAACUAAGGAUGUGUCUGCUCAAGAUUGUGGAGCAAAUGCCGAAAAAGCUGAUGAAGAUACUGGUAUGGCUGAUGCAAAUCCAACUCAUUUUUUGGAUUCAGAUGAAAUCUUUAGUGAUUCUGUGAUUGCUACAUUGGAUGAAACAGUUGCGUCCUUAUAUAAGAGUCGUGAUAUUGCUUCUUUAAUUGAAGCUGGUUGCAAACCUGAUGGGACUGCAUUGUCUUUUAAUGACGUUCCUUGCCCCUUCCUCAAUAGUGAUUACACUGGUUCAGAUGCGUUUAGAGAUGUUGAAAUUUUUAACUGGAUUGAGAAAGGGUGGAAUAGUAAACUCUGUUGCCUUACCGGUAAAUAUUCUGUAAUCAAUCCUCCUUUGGAAGUUGGCGGUGAUGCACUUACAAAAAAGAUUUUUUUCCAUACUUUGAAUUUUUGCGGUGGCGAACUGUCUACUUCCCAUAUCGAUGUUAUUUUUUACUACUUGAGGAAGAGGAUUAAAUUGAUGAAAGAGAAGAAAAUUAAAUUUUCAACUACGGAUAGCUGUUUCAGCCAGAUUUUAGUGUCAGAAUAUCAAUCUUGGAAGGCAUCUGGUUCACCGAAUGUAUUUAAAGUUGGGGCUGGAAACACCCUUUUUGUAUACUUUUCGGGAGGAGUCUGCCGUUACGGUAAGCCUUGGAAAGAUGUUGAUGAACUUCUUUGCCCUUUGCUCGUUUUAGAUCCAAAUCAUUGGAUACUUGUGCGGGUAAAUUUUGAAGAAUGCAAGGUGUAUGUUUACAACUCUUACAAGACUGAGAAGAUUGAAAAGAAUAUAGAACUUGUAAUAGGAGCUUUUACAGAGUACCUUCCUUUGUUUUUGAAACAAACCAAGUUCUAUGAUUUGAGGAAGGAAUCUGUAUCAUUUGCGCUAUCUUCGAGCUACGACAGCAGAUACAGUUCAUUUUCUUUUCACAAUGUUUCUGAUUUGCCAACUCAAGUUAAGAGUGAUUGCGGGGCGUUUAUUUGCUUGUUUGCUGAGCGUUUGAUUGAUGGCAAGCGUAUUCCUUCAUCAUUUUCUGUAGAAGAAAUGGAAUUGUAUCGAAACCGGCUUUGUCAUGGCCUGAUUACAUAUGGGAGAUGGAAGUUGGAAACCAAUUACAUAAGUGAGGAUGAAGGAACAGUGAAGCUUCGAAGAGAACUGAACAAGGAUCCUGCUUUGAAAUAGUUAGUUGAAUUUGUGAAUUCUUGUGUUGGUUUUAGUGUUUUUAGUUUGUUAUUGUUUUUACGAAUAAUUUUUAUUUUUAUUUGA